AUGCACAUUUCCAGUAAGAGGGCUUUGGAUGGUUUCUAUGUCAUCGAUCAGCAGGCUGGAAGUGAAUGGGGCUGCACCGAGGAAAAGAUCGCCGCGUUGGAGGGUGCCGUCAGAGAUACGCAAGCAUUGGCCUUCAUGGCUUCAACUGUACUUGCCGAAAAGGACUCCGAGUUUUCUGAUGCUUACAUAUUUUGGUUUGGUGAGGACAACACCAAGGCCGCUACAAAGAAUUCCAUCAAGACUCUCAACUACGAUCCUGUUCAAGAUUUCCUCAAAGCCCCUGGUACACGCAACCGCGUCGAUGAUAUGAGAAUAGACAACCUCAGCCCUACCGGGCUUACGUACAUGUGUGCUGCCGCAGAUGAUAGCAUGUGCGCCGGUGGAAUGGCUGCAGCAGCCCACCAGCACGGAGCCGGAGGGUUAUCAGGCCACUCCAUUGUGUUAUGUGACCGGUUCUUCGGGGCUAACUCGCAACAAGAUAUGUUGCGGACUUGGAAAGAUACGCGGAGACUUAGCGCAUCUUCCGGCUUUUGGUUGUUGCACGAAGUCCAGCACUUAGGAGCUAUCGUUAGUGAUGGUCGACGAUGCGUCGAUGUCCCUGAUCCUAAUGAAACUGAUGGCAGCGGCUGCUACGACGCCAACUGCUGUUCGAGACUCAAAGGCGCCGAUAAGAUUAGAAACGCCCAAAAUAUGGCCUUCUUUGCAUUGGAGGUCAUGGCAGAUCCCCAGAGCGGUGCAGCACCCGGGCAGUCAUGUACCAUUAUGAAAAGAGAUACGGGUAGCGUCUUGCUCGGAGGACCCGAAGAUCUUAUGGCGAGAGCAGACUACAGUCUAGAUGCCAAGUAUGAGGCGAUGCUUCGUAGACAGGCUAAGGCAUCGUCGACCUGGAUCACGACACACCGAAACGGCACAAGCUCUCGAGUCCCGACGUCUCAUUCGAGCAAAGUACCGGUGUUAUCUUCAGAACGACCUACUAGAUCGGCGUCGGCCUCACGCUCAAAGCCACCGGUGCCUCCUGCAUCUUCGGGACCCCGAUCCAGCAAUCCAGCGCGGCCAUCGUCGUCAGGACCUCGAGCCAGCAACCCGGUGCGGCCAUCAUCUUCGGCACCUCAGCCCAGCGAACCAGCACCACCGCCGUCCUCAGGGCCUCGAUCUGGCUUCCAGGGACCUAUCUUCACCACCAGGCCACCUAUCCCAGCGAGCUCCUUUUCGGGUGCUUCAUUCUCAUACUCCUACUCCACAGCCCCGCCAACCACUGAGGAAGGUGGAGUUCCCAUUAUUCCCAUUGUUCCAAUUCCCAUUCCCAUCGCACCUGUUGCGCCAGUUCCUCCGAUUGUGCCUCCGGUUGGUGGCGGUGGUGGCGGAAAUGGCGGUGAUAAUGGUAACAACGGCGAAAACUCUAAGCCUGCAGAGUCAAAUCCUCCAAAGACCUCAGAGCCUUCAUCCCCGCCUACCUCUUUGCCACCUACGUCUUCAUCAAAACCCUCGCCUACCUCGUCAACACCAGUCACCCGGUGUUCUUCUAGACCGCCGCUGUCAGUACCCACAGGAGGUGAUGCAUCACCAGACAGAGACGGGUUCCCUCAGGCAGUCUACGACGGUCUUGCCGCGGAAGCUCGUAGCACGAGCAGAGCGAGCAGUUCUAGCUCUACCUCCUCGCCACUCAUGGUCAUCACUGACGUGCCCGAGCCUGAGUCGACAGUUGAGGUAGUGCCGACUGCUACCCCUACUGUUGCUCCUGUCAACCCAGUUGCUUGCUAUAACUUUGACAUUAAUGCCUAUGGAUACUGUUGUCCGGGCCCGGGUAACCCAUGUGAGAAGGAUAUUGGAAAGUGCUACUUCAACGGAGAGGGCGUCUCUGGGGGUGCAAGUGGGAUUGUACCAGACGGAGCCCGGUGCCCACCACCUCCUGGUGCUGAAUAUUGCAGAGGUCCCUGCGAAGAGUAG